AUGCCGAGCCAGAAGUCCUUCCGCACCAAGCAGAAGCUUGCGAAAGCUCAGAAGCAGAACCGCCCGAUCCCUCAGUGGAUCCGCCUGAGGACCAACAACACCAUCAGGUACAACGCCAAGAGGCGUCACUGGCGCAAGACCCGUCUCGGUAUCUAG